AAAAGAGAAAAACAAGAUGGCGCACGUAUUGGCAAAUCGUUCUGUGAUGAUAGAUUUUAUGUAAAAAUUGUGUUCUCUUUCCACAAAAAUGCUGUUAUUUAGUUUUUUAUAGAAAUAUUUGAAGGCUUUACGACUAACAAAGACGUCAUCAUGAGCUACGAAGUUUCUGAGGAGCCAGAUCUUAUCGAUCUUGGUAUGGGUCAGUUCAAUACGACUCAAUCGCUCGAGGAGAUGAAGCUGGACAAGAACAUGGUGUGGCUUCUGUUCUCGCUUAUCUCUUCAAUCGUUUGGGUAGUGUACAUUACAUUCUACAAUUCGCGUUUGUUUGGGUACUGUAUCACUAAACUCGUCAACCGUUUGUUUGUUCGAGGUGCUUAUUUUAAAAUAGGAUCACUCAAUGUAAAUCCUCUGGCCGGAAAAAUUAUGUUUCGUGAUGUGGUGUAUGUGUGUUACGAUUACACAGUGCGAGUACAGGACGGGUAUUUUAUUUUUCGAUGGUGGCGUUCGUAUGUGCCGAAGGAUGUUUCAGAGGAUUUGUCCCAUUCGGAUACUCGUCUCUCGGUAAUGUUGAACGGAUUCGAGCUGCAUGUAUACAAUCGUUCAGACCUCUAUGCCCAGUUGGAAAAAACGUUUGGACUAAAACCGUCGAUACUAAUUCCAACAGAAAACAUGAAUGCCGAGGAGAUUGCCAGGUUCAAAGAGCAGGCAAUGAACUACGAAAAUCAGCGACAAAGUAGCGAGCAACCAGAAAAAAUUAAAAAGCCAAGACCAGAGGCAAUGGCGGCAACUACUUGGAGGGAUUUAAUUCCGGUUAUAAAAAUUGAUAUUUGUUCCGGGAGAUUCGUAUUUGGCAAUCGUUUGACCCCCACCACGCUUUCAAUUUGUGUGGAAGAGGCUCACUGUGUGUACAGUACAAAGCCUGCAGUUUCCAAGUUGGAUCACUUCAUGCAUUUCGUGAAGGCGAAAAUAGAAAACUCAAAAGUGUUGCUGGCUCCUAGUCCCAAAUAUACUGGACUUGUGGAUGAACCACCUCGCUACAUGGGUGAAGGUUUUGUUGUGAUGAUGUCCAACAACAUUGAGCUGUACUUUUAUAUGGAUGAAGCUGGUGUAGUUCCGGAGCAACCGGUAACCUUGACCUUAGCCAAUGGUGAUGUAGUAGAAGCUACUCCUCCCGUGUGGGGUAUUGAUAUUAAGUGUGGUAAAGGCACUGAUUUUAGUUACGGACCCUGGGCAGACCGUCAGCGAGAUCAUCUUUUUAAAUUUUUCUUUCCCCCGGAUUAUCAAGCGAUGCAAGUAACUCAACCGCCAAAACCCGGCGAUCGACGUGAAAUGCAAUCAUUCGAUGUUAGUCUAUGUACACUGAAUGAGGCCACGAUUGAUAUUUUGUUUUCGAAGAAUAAAGAAACCAAUGCGGUGCAUGUUAACAUCGGUGCUGGAUCUUAUUUGGAGGUAACACUACCAUGGAUCACACUGCAAGACGGUUUCACUACGAAAGUAACUGGACAAUUGUUACACGUGGAAGCCACAACCAGUUUGCAGUAUCGUAGUUUGGCGGAAUGUGAAACACUUCAGUUUAACGUUAAAGUUCAUUAUCCGGUUCGGUGGAACCAUCACCAGGAAUGGACGAUUAAUUUGACCGGUAGUAAAGCGACUGCCUACAUCGUAUUUUCACACAAAGAUUUCUUCCAAGACCUAGUGGAAGAUUGGGCGUCGAAGGCUAGACCGGAUAUUUUAAGUUUUGUACCGUACACCUGGAAAUUCGGAGUUAUCUUGAAAGAAUUCGAAAUCAUCACACUGAGUAACGAGUUCAAUUGGAUCGAUUGCUCCAGUACCAAUCAGGAAAAUCAUCACCUCGCGUUCUGUGGAGAUUUAUUCGAUUUGAGCUUCACCCUUCCGUUUGAUGACUUUCUUCCAAACAAGAUUCCGAUCGUAUUUUGGAUUCACGGUGAAGGUUUAGAUUUAAGUAUGUAUUUGCCGGAGCAGUCCAGUAGUAAACCUAUCUUGGUUGCAUUGGACAAAAACGCCCGACUGCUUACACGUGAUGGAAGCGUCAAAAAACGUUGCGAAUUAAUCACCAAAAAAUGGCGUCGGGUGUGUCUGCGCUCAGCCGGUUGGAUUGAUUGCUGGACCGUACCCAUUGUGGCUCUUUCGAUUAAGUAUAUUUACCAUCCAAUGCCACCUCUUGGACCGGAUCCUCAAGCGGAUAUAACAACUCCGGAAAAAGAAGAAAUCCUUCUCAGUCCAAUGCGUAUUCCAAAAAUGAGGAAAUCACCGGCCAUCACCUGGAACGACGCUGGUCAACCACGUUUCGACCCUACUACUCUGCCGCCGGAUCAAGUGUCAGUCGAACUAGAAAUUGGAUCCUCGAUUAUGCUUGCUUACGGUGCAAUUCUAAGAAAUUUCAUUCAUCUAAAGGAAAACAUUUUUGGAGAAGAUCAAUCCUUCACAGAUAUGGAAAAAUCAAACUCCAAAUCAAACACUACCAAAAAUGUCGGCACUAAAUCGACCAGCUCAAAGGAUGACCCAAGCAAAUCUAUUUCUGAAGCGAGUGUAAACUUGGAAGAGAAACCUAAACGCUUUGAUCCGAGAAUGUUUCGACCGCUUGAGGUAAUUGUUAGUGUAACUAUCCACGAUCUGCAAGCACACGUCAUAAAGAACUGUAAUGAAAAUGAUCCUCCUUGUCCGAUAGUUCUCAUUGAACGGCUAGGGUUUGAGAUGAAGAAACGAUUUCACGAAACCGAACUCCAAGUGCUGGUGAGCCCAUCGUUUCUCAUUUCUUCAGAAAACACCAUUCGACCGUCGAAGGACAAACACUUGAAGCAGGGUCAUUUGCUUCUGUCUGCGGUACAGGUUAGGGGCCAUGCUAUGUUUAGCAACGAAGGUCGACAGCUGGACGAAGAAACUCUCGAAUAUGCCUGGUUACUGGAAGUACAGCUUGGGAAACUGUCUGGGAAAAUGACUCUUCCCCAGUUAUGCAACGUAGUAGUUGGACUUGAAACUCUUGCUUUUCUCACGAUGGACUCAGAAAAUGAACUAAAAUCACCCAAAACCGUACGAUAUUGUCAUCACGGUGUUCCAACGAAUGUUUGUCCGCACACUAAAGAAGAUGCCAAAUAUCGGUGCCCUUCAACAGAAGAUAUCAAGUAUCGCAUGACGCGAGUUGCAAUCGAUGCUAUAGAUUUUUAUCUGGUCGAGAACGGGACUGCUAUGCAUACGUGGAUCUCACCAAUCCGAAUCGCAACAUGCAACCUGCAUGGUCAACAAGUCAAGUCGGGGGUUACUGGACUAAUACCAACCAUUUUAUUGCGCCAGUUUAUUUCUACCGGAGGACAUUUCAGCCACAGCAACGGUAAUUCACACAGUAACACAGGAACUACCGGGAGCAGUCGAUCGGCUAAAGUUCAUCAUCAAACGACUACGAAACAUGAGUCGACAGGGAAAGACGAAUCUGGGUGCAGUUCUAGCGGAAUCAAGCAUAAAAAAACUUCCGAACAGUUUCAACAGCAACAACAGCCAGCUUCUUUUUCGUGUCGUCGCGACUCUAAAGAGCAUGCGAGAGAAGAUACAUUUGGAUCGCUUCCGAAUCGACGAAGCCAUGAAUCUGACUACGGUUAUCGACGGGACAAGGAUGAUGGCUAUCCAUCAAUUCAUUCGACAAACCGAAACAGUUGUCGAGAUAUUGAUUCCACGGAGCCGUGGCUGGAAGUUGGGUGUCUGUCACUAGGACCAAUCAUCAUUGAAGCUGCCUCUGCACUGCCAAUUCCAGAACACUGUUUACAUUUGGUGCAGCAUAACUAUCUUAAACUUCACGACGAACGCGCCCGAAAACUUUGGUUUCUUUGGGCCAGCAGCAGUGAUCCUAUCAGAUGUGGCUGCGUUGGAGGAUGUGCAUUCUUCGGUACUAACCGCAACGGACCACGUUUCUUCAAACCAUCGGCUCAGGAUUUGCAGGAUUUCAUUAAUAUUGCACGUUAUCAUAUCUACCCAAAUUCACGCGAAUAUGGUUUCGGCCAAAGUUUACUGCAUGACGAUCAGUUGGUGUUCCACACACCACCGUACAGCCUUCAGCCGGUUUCGUUGCAAGAGUGCUAUGAGUAUGUGGGAAAACCAAACCUUCGUACUACGAGAUUUGGAACUGAUUCCAAAUCUCCAUUGCCACCAAAGCACGAAUCAAUCAUUACCUCACAGAAGCAAUGUGACGUAUCUCCCAACAGCACUAUGAUACGCAGCACUGGUGACAAAUCAGGAAAAUCUUCAUUGGAACGAGUCAAAGAAAAGGACACUGGUUCUCCGCUCAGUUCCGAUCGUAACAGAGGGCGACGCUUCUCCUACACUAGUGCGAGACAAAACACGGUUCCGCAUGAUGUUCCAUAUUACCGUUUACUGGAAUCCAGCCCUAAGAUUAACAGUUCAAAAAUCUCGACUCCUACACCAUCUCGUCAGGAAUCGGAAUCACGUCUUCUUACACCCAAAGCAAUUAAAAAGCAAACCCCGAAAACAAGCGCCUCCGAUUCACGUCUCACAAUGGAAUAUGCUCAAGGUGACGAUACCUGCAGUAUGACAGAAGAAACAACGGAAUUAUCCCAAUCGGCUCCUCAACCACAUCCACUGGAAUCCGAUUCGGAACAUUCACUCAGUCCAAAAGUUUCGGAGGACGUGAUUAUUCGUGACGUCCAGCGUACAGUUUCGCUCACAUCGGAAAACCCGUCGGAAGCGUUUUUCUCAGCCGAUGAGGAUCUGCAUGCCUCCCGUAGUUCCAGUUUGAAGGCGAAUGAUGUCCCAACUAUACCGAAAAAACGUUUCGCCUCUGAUCUCAGUAUCGUCGGACCAAACGACUUAGAAGGAAAACUUUCAUCACAUCGAAGCGACUACGAAAUUCAUACUCCAGAACAUCGCAGUUUACCCAUGAGACCACAAUCCACUGCAGAGCUGAACGAUGAGGAACGUCGGAUUCAUGGUCUGGCGACACCCCUGCGUAAAUUCAGUAACAUUACUUCACGCCCCGAAUUUCGUCAUUUUAAACCGGUAUACGACAUUGAUCCUCACGACUCGUCGGAAUCGCACUCACUGUCCUCGAGCUCGUUCAUUUCGGCACUGUCGUCACAGGAGGACAUUACCCUAGUGAACUUGCACAUGCAAGUUAAUCGCCCGAUUAUCGAUUCACCCUUGCUGAUGGCCAGCUAUGUCACUCAUUUAGCACAGGUGCGAUGUUCCAACUGGUCACACUGCUCAAUGCCGUUUGGCGCUGAUUCGUUUUCCAUGCCACUCUUUCAACAAAACGACGAUGGUGGGUUAGUUUACAUAGGCAGCAAACUGGUGCCACAUUUUGACAAUUACUCGAACUGGCGUGAGGUAAAGGUAAUCUCACGCUAUGACGCUAAUUCUAGUCAAUCGGCAUCUUCAUCGGGUUUGUCUACGUUGCCGAAACCACACCCCUGGGAUCCAAGCGUUAUGGUUCGCGGCAGGUUUGAGAAGCACGAGAGUAAAGAAUGCGAAAACGAGUUUCUCAGUUCUCAGGGAGAAACUGCUACAAGAAAUUCGGUUGUGAUGCGAUUCAAAGGACAAGUCGAUGUGAUGCUUACACCGCUGUUGCUUGAAGGUUUGCAAAGGUUGAUAGAAUCGUUGAUACCAACUAUGUCUACGUUGCAUCCACUAACAAUAAUCAACGACGUCCACGGGUCCUGUGUCAGUAAAGUGGAAGCAGUGAAUGUACUGAAACGUGACCAGUCACUUAGUUAUUGGUCGCAGGUUCACUCCAAUUCCAAACGUUCUACAGCCGAGCGUAAUCUGCAAGGUCCAGGUGGUCCUGUUCUUACUGAUGUGUAUGAAGAAAGUAUUUCUACCCAACUGCAAGGGCUAAUAGUGCUACCGAAAAUAAACAUCACGCUGAUACAAAGCUCAGUGAUCGAGGAAGUCAUUUCAUUCGCUGCACUUGAUAAUGUCCAGGAACUGAGCUGUGCUUCCCUGUUAGCCGUUUGCUUAGAGGGUGUUUCCACGAGAUUCCAUCUUGGUAAAACAACCAAAGCAUCGAUGCAUACUGUUUAUACUCAGCCAACGAUUCGAACCGGUGGACUGAAAAAAAGUGGAUUGAUUCGUGGCACAAGAGCUCUACUGGCACAUCUUUCCUCGCAGACAAGACCAGACAAUGUACCCGGAGAUCCGAUUUUAUUGGAAACAUCAGAGAAACAAUUGGAAGAAUUGAUAAUUACCCUGGAUGUAGGAAAAGCGCAUGCUCAAUUGAGACGACUAAAGAAUGACUCAGUUGCUGUACAAGACUCACAGAUAGUCAUCACUGCUAUUCCAGGGCACCGUAGCCGCGCAAUGUUUGAUUGCACGAAAAUCCCUGAGGAACCAGCAACAGAUGGUAAUACAGUGAUGGGCUACAUAAUGUUUGAGUGUGGUCUUGAAGGUGUGGGUGUGAAAAUUGUUAAAAGAUCACAAUUUGAAAAAUCAGAAAAUGCUGAAGAAGCUCUAAAGCAGUCACCAGAUGUUAGGAAUUCGGAAACCAAUCAGAGCAGUGUAACUGCGAACAAUCCCCUUAACUUGGUUACAUUACUAAAUGAAGCCGGAGGAAGCAUGGCUGCCGAAGCAUUGGCAAAAAUUGGCAUGAAAAAACCAUCAACGCCGAAAACGAGUACUCCAAAAGAUAAGAGCACAGCUGGAAAUGAACAGAAAGGUAAAGAGAAACCUGCUGACGGUCGAACCUCUCGUGAGCGUUUCUCUCAUGUAGCAGACGAGAUGGAUCAAAGCAAGGAACAGACGGGUCAGCAUGGACCAAACAUUUUACCCGGAGAACAAGACAAUUCCGUCGCGGUUGUUCCAUUGAAAAAUGCGAAUGGUAAAACGUCAUCCUGUGUGAUAGAUUUCAAAACAGUUUGGUUCAACUUUGCCGCCCCGCCACGUACUCCGAUCACCAGAAAAAUUGAUUAUUCUCGUUUGGAUUGGAAUUUACUCAGCACGGCGUCACCUGCAAUUACCGCUUGGAUGAAUCCUAGCAAUCGAUUUGCUAUCAAAGUGGUUGCACUGAUUCGUGCGACGUACGUCAGACGUACUGCUGUGAUGGUGGCCUUGAUGGCUGAUGCAUGGGAACGACAAACACUUCAUCGACCGUUAAAAAGUCGCUAUCCCGGAAUGUUUACACCUCUUGCCAAAACACUACAGGAAGAUCCGAGCUGUUUACUCUGCACAAUGUUACAAAAGUAUGUCCUAGAGGAAACGGUUUCCAAGAUAGAUAAUGAUCUGAAACAACAGUAUGUUCCACAACUAAGCACUCUAAGACAGGCUGUCAUCGUGUUGAGCCGGCAAUGGAAGAAUGUUCUGUACAACCCCAUGUUGUUCGAACAUCAGUACAAAGGCAAGCUGAACAACCCCAUAAGUGUAACGUUUUCUCUUCCACAAGAUGAGGACGCAGAAGACACGGAUGACAUCGAUGCCGAAAACUAUCCGGUGGGUAUCAUCGAAAAUCAUCCUCUAAUUGAUGAGGAAAACGAGCGCACAAUGCUGCUUGGUCAAAGUGUUCAGGCGCAUCACCAGCGACAAGCAACAGUAACAAGCCAUCAACAUCACGUAAUCAAAGUGCCCGAGGAACCGGUACAGAUCCACAUAACCAAGCUUGGAGAUUCCCUUAACACCUCUCCUAGUACUAACAACUCAAACAAGUUGCGGAAAAAGUCGUCGGUAAAGAGUUUUAUUCCUCCAGCAGCACCAUCUUCGCGAUCUAGCAUGCAAAUGUUCCCAAUUAUAUUUGACAAGCACGAUCCCCAGAUCGAGUACGGGGCAUUGAAGGAAGGAUCUCUCCCGUCCGUAUGCAGUUCAUCCGAUUCAACAGGUAAACCUGGUACUCCACCAGCGAAUCAGAAAGAGGAUCUUUACUCGUGGAUGGCUAAACAGCAGAAUGGACACUCGAAAUCUAGCCGAGAUAAAGAGAAACACGAGGGUACUCGUCACGCAACUAAAAAUCGCCUCGAGACACAUUCUAUUAAGUAUAUACAGGACAAUAAUCGCAUCAUUGAUGCCCAUCUGAUUUUCGAGCCAAUGCUGACAUGUUUGGGUGUCAUGCCACAACAGAUGAUCAAUAGUGUUUCGAACACUGACGUUUCUUCGUUAGACAGCUUAGGCACGAAUCUUUCUCUCGUGUGUUCAUUUGAUACUAUGCGCAUCGAUAUUGUCGUAAGUGAAGCAGGAGAUUCGAAAAAGCCUAAGCCUAAGGUAGGCAAGAAAGGCAACGGAAAGUUUUCUAUUAUUAUGCCUGCCGAGCAGCCGGCAUUUUUGUGUGAACAUGUUGGUGUGGAGUUGGAACUGAUGAAAAUGACGGAUGGAUUUCCAGACGAUUCAAAGUUACAUAUGCUUUACGUCUCGCGUGGACAAUUGAAAAAGCACACAAGCACUGUGAUCAAUUUCAGCUUAAAUGUAAAGUAUCUAUCGCAACAGGUAAACAUGCCUCUUUUGCGGUUACUUCACCAAAUCACCAACAUGUACCAAAACGUGAAAGAUGCUCAAAAUGAACUUCGCGAUCACCCUGAACACGGGAAACGGAGUGCACCGCUGAAAGAUGAAUCUAGUUUGGCAUCCGAUAUAAAUGAUCCUACUUUGAUGGGUUCACUGAAUGAACCGUUGAUGUCGCAGAAUGGUAUCUUCGACUAUGCAGAUGAACGGUACGAUAAAUUCAAUGAGGACAUUCCCUCCCGCAAUGAACUUCGCCAUUCCGUGAGCCGAUCGAAACUGCCAAGUCUGGGGGCGUUAAUACCACUAACUCCAUCACCAAGCUCACGCAACAGACCUCACAGUUUUGCGCAGAAGUUAAGAAGCACUAGUAAAUCGGUCAAGGGUAAACUGGGCUACACAAAUCUCAACGAAACCGUCACAACGCCUAUCAAAGCAAGCCCUACGGCAUUAACUUUCGCCGAUGCUCUCUCGAGGAAUUCGUUAGAAGCGAAAAAUUCACUCACAGGCUUAUCCAGCUCUUAUGGAGGACCAAAUGUUAAUGAAGCUUUUGUAGAUUACACGGCACCCUUUGAUCGAUCGACAUUCACCGGACCUAUACACAGCAUAUUGGAUACCCCAAAAUGCUGGAAAACUAUUUACCACCUGUUGGACCUUUACUCCGCCAUGCCGGAAACGAAGACAAUUUCGCGCCGCGUUUCCCUUUCACCGGACGCCACUGGCCAGAACCGUGUUCGAAAAUACAACUUUUUAACAGAAUCAAAAGGUACAGUACGGGAUUGUGACGAUGGUAAGUCGGGAACUCCACUACCGAAGGACGUUGGCGUUGUAACUCAGGAGCGAACCCGAUUAGUGGUGUUUGGAGUAGCGAAAAUUCAUAGAACUAGAUUGCUUGCAACGUUGAGUGGGUUGAAAUUGGAGGCAGAAAUUACAGCCUUGCACAGCAGUACUACAUGGCGCAAAAAAUCUCGUCCGGCGUCAUUAGAAUGUUCUCUGACCGGCCAGGUGGGACGCGCUAUGAUAGUACUGUUGGAAGGUGUACCUCCCAAUCAGCAAACCGUCGUAAAAGUUACCAUUGGCAAAAGUCAAACGUUGUACUCCAGUAUUACUCGAAAAGGAAAAGACAAAAACAACGGGUUACUCUCGGUUGGUAUUGUCAACAUUGAUAUCCCACAACAUCCGGUAGCCCUUCACGGUAUGAUGACUCGUGGGUCUAAGCAAAUUUCGUCAACACUCCAAGAGUUACGCGUCACUCGGAGCUCAGCGCGAUUGGCUCGCCAGCCUGAAGAACCAGAGUCUCCCCUGCAUCAUCAACAUGAGACGAAAGACAAGCAUACUAACAUCCGCAAACAAAGUGUUUCUACAUCUAAAAUGGCCACCAGUAAUCCUAGUGGUUUACUGCAACCGUUAGUUAUGCAAUUCAACAUUAUCCUGCAAAGCCUAUCAGUUACGGCGGCCCUGUUGCCUUCGCUGCAAGCGCAAUACAAAAUGGAUCAGGUCACGUCAACGGGUGUGACCGGUGGUAAGGCAAAAUUCACCGUAGAUUUACCCAACCACUCCCUCAGUUUCACCACAAAAGUGCAAACCACGGAGACUAACUUACCCUCAGAAGCAUGUAUUGCAUUGCCUCCAGUUCACGUAAGCGCAGAAUAUGUUCCAGAAAGCUCGUCCGAGGAUUCAGCCCCCAUCGAUGGUGUUGUGCUGCGACAGGGAGGUUACCUGGCUGCAUCCGCCGAAAUUGGUGUGUUUGAACGAUGUCUCUCAACAGACCUGUUGAAUCAUUUAGUAUUUGUGCAGAAAGUAUUCAUGAAAGAGGUCAAUGAAGUUGUUCAGAAAGUCUAUGGAGGCGAGAAACCAGUUCCAAUAUGGCUCGAAGACGCAGAUGAUAAUGGUUCUCACAUAAGAAGAAUACUAUUUUCGCUGAACAUUAGAGUGAAACGCAUUCAGCUUACCGCUACGACCCCUUGUAACUCGGCGGUACGUUUCGAAACGGGUCAACUAGAUCUACACCUGUCGAAUCGUGUCAAGAAUUUAGCCGACAUAUCCGAUACAAAGCUGUUCGGCAAGGCUCAAAUAGAUCUGAAUCUAUCGUUAGGACAAAUAAUAAAGAACGUCAUUUUCGACGAGGCUGAACCAGAGUUCCAACAAUAUGCUUUUUUCAACACUACUAUCGGACUGAGAAAUGCGUUCCAAGAUGAGAUGAUGAAUGAUGAUAAGGAACUGGUUUUAAUAACUCUAAAACGCCCCCUGAUGUACGUACAACCAAUUGCUGUAGACAAAGCCAUUCUCGUUUGGUUGAACUAUAAAAAUGCUUAUGAAUACUGGACGGAGAAACGUGCAAACCUCAAUAAAGAGGUUCUAAUGGCGACACAACAAGUAUUAGAAAAAGUACCAUUCGAAAAACUCAGUCAACAUUUAGCAACCGCAAAUUUAUCAACGCUGUUUCUGCAAUUAACUGUUGAAGAUAUGGGAAUAUGUUUGCCACUUAAUCAGCCCCCACAGAUGUGGGGAAAUCGCUCGGUUGGAGAUUAUGAGCAAAAAGGAGCAGUCGUCAUAACACUAGAAAAUACUAUAAUUUCCGCUUGCAGUUGUGGUUCUCUGGUUUCCAAAGGGAAAUUUGCAGGACUAUGUCUACGUUUUGCAGAAGAUUUUGAUUCUUCGUUGGAUGAAUGGAAACCUAACAUGAACGAUGCCAGUAUAAUGAAUCUUUGUGUUGUAUCAGAAGGUACUUAUGAGGUUUGCUCUAGAACAAUUGCUGCAAAACAUCCGGAUAACGCCAAGUGGUUCCUAAAUGUAAAAUGGCAAAUGGAAGGUGUCGACAUUCAUCUAGAUAUAAAUAUCGGCAAACAGCUAUCAGCUCUAGGACACACCCUAACCAUGCUGACAGGUUCCGAAGACGAGGAGCCAACGUCAUCCGAUACACAAGAUAGCGAUGACGCUGACCAAAUAGAAGGCAACAGAAAUUCACAGGAGUUUGGUGCAAAAGCACGCAAGUCAGUUGAUUCACUGCCUUCGUUUUUAUUCGACACUGCGAUUGACCCAAAAAAGCGUUCCUUACUUAUGGAAAACGAAAUAGCCGAGCAGACGAAGACGGUCAAUGAUUUGCGUACGCUUGGUGCAUCCAGCAAAACAAUUGAAAACGAAGAAAGGAGGCUGCAAGAGUUGCAAGCGAUCUGUUACAAAUACUUCCGCCGGGAUAUGUUGCAGAAAUGGAAACGGCCCACCAUCCGCAAAUCCAUGCUAAAAUCUGCGAACCGGUCCCGUUCCUUCAUUGCACCCUCGCCAACCAAAGAGGAUCUAAGAGAUCCACACGAAUACACAGCCAUGACCGAGUCGAUAGGCAAUGAGGGACUUUUGAAUAGUCUGCAGGAAUCACCGAAUGCGGGCCCAUCCCGCACAACUUCGCUGAGAGUUAAAAUUCCACUCGCAAACCGUGUCACUUUAACUGAAUCAAUGCGUCAAUCAUCGCUUCCAAGUGCUGACUCGGAUGCCGCUUACUCUGAUUCCGGUUUUGAUUGGCAACGGUAUGACUCGGCAUCAAUAUCUUCCGAUGUACCUAACUUGCUGGAAAUCGAUGGUGAACAGGUGGAACUACGCAAGAAGAGCCCCAACCAUCCUCAAAAACAGCAGGAACCAAACAUUGAUUUUGAAUUAGACAUAAAAGUGUUGGUGAACUCGGGAAAAUGUGUGCUACAUACAAAGGACAUUACGGACGAAAAAAUGUCCACCAGCAUUAGUAGCACAGUGAAGCAGCACAAAAGAGAAAGAAGUAUCGGUACUGAUUGGGGAAGCCCGGUUCCAUCGAGAAGGACUAAAGAAAAAUCUAGAAUCAAAUAUAACUCCCCCUAUACUGCCUUGGUAGAUCUAACUAUUUUCCAUAUUCCUGGCUUGGAUGUCAAACUUCAAUACCAAUCAAAGAUCAUUGGUGAUGACGCGUCACCUAGAUUAAGUACGGGAGAUCCAUUUGGCGUCGUCCGGCGACACGGUUGCAAGCGAGCUACGCUUUUUGCUUGGAUGACUCUUCAAAGCAUUCCGGAAGAGACGAUCAUAUCUCCACACAUUCUAGAAUUUCUAGAGCAAACCCUUGAACCAAUUCCAUCGAAAGCAAUCUCUGCACCAUCAAACCCCGUUAAUCUUCAAAUGCUAGAAAACAACUAUGCCGCCUACGCCAGUUUCCCGGUUGAUGUCGUGGUAUACUUCCACAUGCAACCUUCAACAUUCCGAUUUUCAUGCCUGCCUGUGUCUAGGGUAGAAUGCAUGCUACAGCUGCCUAGUUUGGACAUCAUUUUCAGCUCAAACCGACACGAGGAUGAUGCUACUACUGCUGGUAUCAAUGAAACUGAGCCCGCCAAAUCAGCCGGCGGCUUGAGUGUAACAGGAUGCUUAGCUGAUUUCAAUGUUUACAUCUUUCACCCGUAUGGAGGUAAAAAAACGAAUUUAAAAGAGUCUCAUCAGUUUAGUCCUCUGGCUGACAGCGAACGUAAGGAUUCACUUAGUAUAAAUGUAGAGUUUGUGAAGUUUCACAUAACGCGAUCAAAGAAGAUUAACUAUGAAGCAGGCAUUAUGAGAAAGAUGUCCGAUCAAUCCAAAGCUGUUAUUCGAUUUUCGACAAUUGUAGACAUAGGAUCCGCUUCAUUCAAAUACGAUAUGAGACGGUUAACUGAGAUAUUGGCUUUCCCCAAAGCUUGGUACCGGAGAAGUAUUGUGCGAAGAAUGUUUUUGGGUGAUCUGAGUGUCCCGCAAGUCAGCAUGUGUGAUUUGGAAAGUGUUUCCGAAGAUAAUAGCAUGAAAACGACGGAUAAAGAGCUCCCUAUCGAUCGACCAGAACCGUUGAGUCGAGAGAAAUUAAAGCUUAAUUUGGAGAAUGAUAUUCCGAAAACCAGCCUAGGAAGUACCAGUUCAUCGUCCAUUACAGCAAGAUUGAAAGAUCAAAAAUCAUCGAGCAUGGAUUCGAAUACGUCUCCUUCGGAUGUGAACCAGAUUACUUCGUGGGAAACUUUAGUUUUAUUUGCGGUAAACUUCACAAAAUUGAACGUACAGAUGAACAUGGGGAAUGUAAUGGGGAAUAUAGUUUGGCUUACGAAAGCAUUCCAGAGCAAUGGAAGACUGAGCAUAGGCAGCACUGGACACAAAAAUAUGUAUAUUGGUGUUGGCUUAGGAGGAUCAUCACUUGAUGCUAAGGGAGGUAUUGUCGGAGGGACCAUUGAACUUAGUAAAAUUGAUACUUUUAUACACAUCAGAGAAGAUCCGGGUCGCGAACCAGAUCAUAAAGUAGGAAUUAAAUUCCUUGCACUCGAAUUGAAGUUUGACUACAUGGGGACAAGCGUUUUGAUGACUCGGAUCAGUUCACUACGAGCGCAGCUUCGAGAUGAGUGGAAAUUUUCCAAAGAUCAUGAUUCCAGCAACACACUACCUACAAACUAUCCAGCUAUCAUCCUAAUUCAUGGUGAUCUUUCGUGGGAUCAACUGCAAAUGAUGAUUUCUAAGUCCACAACUGCUGACAUCCUAAAGAUGUUCUAUAAACUUGAGGAAUUUUUCUCACAGCAGUUUAAAUCGUCAAAACGCGUAUUUUCAAGUUUGGAACCACGACUUGCGGUCGACAGCAAUGUCCGCCGUCGUGAAUCAACUAAAAAGCUAUCAACUGUUACAUCUGCAUCUAUUGCAGAACGAGAACUAAAUUCAAAUGAUGCACGUCACCAUCGACAUUGGCAGCGUCCGUUAAAACAAACCGAAGGUUUGUGGCUUUCCACACUUGGCCUUCCACUAUCGAACAUUGGUACCGUACUAGGUGGAACAAUGGAGUUGCACGGCGAAAAUAUUUCACUUGCUUGCUUCCAUGGUAUCAAUUUUAAAUCCAAAUCAUGGGCACUUUUCAGCCUUAAAGAACCGUGCAUCAACUUUGCAACAGAAGCACAACACAUCGAUUCAUCAGAAGAAGUGCAUGUUAUACAAACGCUUACUUUCGGUUUGGGCAUGAACUCUCAACAAGCAUCCCAGCAUCAUUCGAAUGCAACCGUUGUACGAAUGACAAGAAAUGUGAUUUUCCCACCUCAAUUCAAGACGCUACACGAAUGGUUCCAUUACGCAUUUGCCAACAGUGAGAUUGAUGCGGUUGAUCGUUUCCCAGUACUUGAACGUGACAAGGAACAUCACACUAACUCGAUCGAGCGGGCAAGGGGAGCGUCGGGAGGGACAUCAUCGCACCCAAAGCUACAGGACCCGAAUCACAAUAGGGAAGUGAUUUUUGCACUACCCAGUCUUCAGUUGCAUUUUAAAACCGAGCAUCUACAAGGUGCCACAACUCCUGACGCUAUUGAAGAAAAACCCGUCGUUGAAUGCAGUUUCAUUACCGAGUUCGAGGAUCACAUAUUUGUAACCGUUGAUGCGGACGCCUUUUUCUUUCUGCAUGAUCUGAUCACCUCGUACUUGAAGGAGAAAGAGAAAGUGCUUGGAACUAUUACCAGUUCUAGAGCUACGUCGCCAAGUCCGGCACCUAUUCCAUCUCCAUCUCCAACUCCUUCCAAUCAAUCCUCGUCGAAAUCAGUAAAAAGUAAUAUUCCUCCGAGUACUACGUCUUCUCAAGAUUCAACAUUUGAUAGUCAAUCGAUUGCCAAUGGGAGUGCUACAAAUCUUUCUGACGCUGGAGCAACCAGCUUACAAAAUCGUACAGAAGGCAAACAAAGCAACUCUAAACAUGUCAACAUAAAAAUAGAGAAAUCGGAAAUCGAACAACUGCUACGUACAGAUUGGCGACAUUUCAAUUGUAAGACUUGGCAUUUGGAACCGACUGUUAGAUUACUUUCAUGGGCUGGAAAAUCUAUCGAGCCGUAUGGUAUUGACUAUAUUUUGAACAAGUUAGGCUUUAGUCAUGCCCGAACAACAAUCCCCAAAUGGUUACAGCGUGGUGUCAUGGAUCCAUUGGAUAAGGUUGAGGCUAUGCUGAUGCUUCAGCUUUUACUAAUGGCGAAAGAAAACGAAGUCGAUGAAAAGGAAACACCUAAAGACAAGUAAUUUAAGGUAAGGUUAUUAUCACACAUUCUGAGUAUGUUAUAUCCAGUUAUCAAACAAUGAUAAUCACAACAAAUGUGUAGAAAACGUUGCAAUUGACUGUAUCAUGUUCUUGAACAAAAACUUAGCAGCUUUUAACAUGACCCCCUCUUCUAGUCGCUGCUUCGAGUAGCAAUCGCAUUAGAUGUUACAUAUAGUUACACUACUAUUGGUGUGACUCACCGUAUCUAAUUCCUGUCGGUAUUUAUAAAAAAACAAUAAACAUCUAUGCAUCUAA